AUGAAACAUAAUAAUUACAAACAGAAAAAUAGAGUAAACGCAGUAGAAGAAAGCUCUCAAUCCGAAGAUGAAGUGUAUAUAUCCGCUAUAAGGUCUGGAGAAAAGAAAAACUGGACAGAAAAAUUACAAGUUGGCAAUUUAAGGAUUACAGUCAAACUAGACACAGGAGCAGAGUGCAAUGUGUUACCAAGACACUUGAUGAACAAAACAAAGGCAAUUUUGAAACCAAGCCGAACAAAAAAUUUAAUAAGCUACACAGAAGACAAGAUGGCAGUUCUAGGUGAAACAGAGCUACUAUGUAAAUUAAAGAAUGAAGAAACAAAAAUAAUAUUCAAAGUAGUUGAAGAAAAAGUUUCUCCAAUCCUAGGACUUGAGACCUGUGAAAAAUUAGGACUUGUCGCAAGAGUCAAAACAUUGAAGGUGAGCCAAUAUACUGAUAAUAUAUUUGAAGGAUUAGGCUGUUAUAAAGAUUAUGUGUAUGAUAUUGACCUAAUUGAGAACCCAAAGCUUGAGAUUAAACCGUCAAGAAGAGUACCCCAUGCUAUAAGAGCCGAAGUUAAGCAAGAACUUGACAGGAUGGUAAAGUUAGAUGUCAUAAAACCAGAAACGGAGCCAACUCCUGCUGUGAGUCCUAUGGUAGUUGUCAGACAAAAGGACAAAAUAAGAAUCUAG